CCUCACCCGGCGGUGGAAGAUAAAUCAAUGCGGUGACAAGGUCAUAAAGUGGUGCGUUGCUCAAACAGUGCUCAGCUUAAAGGUUUCCAUCGUCUCAUGGGACAAACGAAAAUCGUCCAUAAAUUAUAGUCUCACCCAAUUUUUCUCCUACAAACCUCUGAAUUAUAAAUUCUGGAGAAUGCCAUUUCUGAAGGGUGGACGUGCUGCGGUGACAAGGACUAAAAAGUACUUAGAAGCUGGACGAAUACUUCUGAAUGAUGGUGUCAAGAUUAUUGUCAUCAAUCAUGUCCCCGGAGCAGAAAUAUCACAUGGAUGUGAUGAGUUCAUUAAGUGGCAUUUACCUCCUUUACAAUUCAGAAAUCCAAACGUUCAGAUAAUUACGUUCAAAAAUAUGUGUCCGACUCCAUUUAUUAAAAUUUAUCUUGAAAAAAACGAAGAACAAGUGGUGAAUUGUGCCUUUCGAAAGAAUUCCGAUAUCUAUGAUCACCUAAUUACACUUCUUGGGAAAACUGCUUCAUCUGAGAGUUCCUUAGUGAAUGAUUUGACUACAAAAAACCCAUCAAGUUUUGGCACCGAGUUCCCGCGCCAAUGUAUAUGCGAAUUAUACGGUCAAAUGCCUUGCUCGUCUAAUAUUGGUAAACCGAAGCUAUGGCCAAAGUUGGAAUAUACAUUGCCUCCGGUGGAUACAGAAUGGUUUGGAAACGCGACGGAUACUAGUGUUACAAAUGAUGGAUAGUCGCUCAGUGUGCGUACAUCUGCAACACAUCAUUACUCUGUUUCAUCUUGUGCCGUUCUUCCUCUUUCUAAAGCAUAACAUAUUUAGUACAAUUUCUCAGAACAUUGGAUUUAUUACAAGUUCACGCUAUUAAAAAUGUCUUGUAAGACUAUGCAACUAUUAUCGUUUUAGGCAUCUUAGCUAUGUAGUUACAAGUACCCAAGCCUAAUUUAAAUAGAUCCAACAAACUAAUUCCGACAGAAUAAUAAGUCUUUCAACAAUAAAUUAGUUUGACUUCAGUCCUAUGAAUCCGCUAUAUUUGAACAACAUGGCUUCUAAAUCUUCUAGUUCUCAUUUUUUAUUCGUAAGAUUCGCCUAUGUAUUCUCACACAAUUACCAUUGUUUGACUUACUAUCAAUAAAUAUUUUGUCGAUCUUCCUAUCAGCUAUCAUGUAAUCCUGUUGUUUUGUGGGGCUAAGUUCUGUCUUGUGUUGCUACCGAAUAAGUUUUCCCGACCAAAUGUCUUUAGCAAUUACAUUAUUAUUUAUUGGUAAGUAGGAAUUUUUAGCAGUCCAAUAAAAAGUGGAAACGCAUCCCUACACUAAUGAUAACAUUAACAUCUACCUGUAAGCUUCAAAUAGGACAAUUACCAGUACUCCACUUCCAAUUAAAUCAGUAGCUUAAAGACUGUUCACCAAUGUGGUCUCUAUGUAACCAUCGAGAAGGCUGGUCGAUUUAAAAAGAUUAUAUUCUCAUCACAUACUUUUGUAAUUAGUUGUUAUUAAAUAUCUUCUUGAUAUAAAAGUGAAAUGUCAGUUUGCGAAAUUGCGCCACUUUACGUAUUUGAAUCUCAGAGUAUGAUUUGGAUUCCUCGUAUGACGAACAGCCCGAGAAUCGCUAUAAAGCCUGCACUGACUUCUUAAUUGCUUAGCACACGCCAUAAUUUUGCGUAGUUUACGUUGGCAUCUGAACCACAGGAAUAAGUAAACUUAGCAAAGAGAAAUUUUGUCUUAGGACUAAAUACGUCCUAGGAAUGGUACCUCAAGUGAUAAAUUUGAACAAAAUGGGAGAGAUUUACAGAAUGAAAUGAACUUCAGAGCGUAUGAGUUGCCUGUUGGAAUACGCUUAUUCGAAGUAAACUCUUAACAACACGUUUAAGUAUUAAUAGAGAGAUGCUAUGCUAUGUGUACUCCUACUGUUAAAACUCUGGAUAGGUCAACAACCUCAAUGGACCUUUUGUAUUUAAAUUCACAAAACCACUAAGUAUUGUCGCGUCAAAUCAAAAUAAAUUAACCGUCUUUAACAUCACUUCUAACGUGUUUGGAACGUAUUUCUCUACUAAAUACAAACUGUCGCUUCAGAGGCGACCAGCGUAAACUCCUUGACUAAUGAUACGGGAUGAAUUAGUUGAGCAUGUUGAUCACUUUGGAAGCUUCGUCUGCCCAGCAAGUCUGACGAAACCUCAAGACAACCUUCGAGGGCUCGGCCGGUUCUUGCCAACUUGUGGUGCAGACCAGAAGUCUGUUCGGAAAGUGAAAGGACGAGCAUACUACGAAGUGUUAUGAAGCUUUUCAAAUCCUUGUCGUUGACAUUCAUAACUUAUUAGUGUCCCGUCAUUAGUGUAUUCAAGCACUGAUCGUAUAUUUUGGAACCAUCAAGUUCAGGAGUAGAGGAUUAGGUAGUCAUAGAAAAUCGAUUGAUAAUGUAAUGAAUGUUCAUAAGUUGAGAUGGUUAGGAUAUGUAUUACGCAUGCCAGCCCACCAACUGCAUCGACGCGCGAUGGCUGGUGUAGAUGUUUGGAAGGAGGCGGCUAAAUCAAGACGUGGCUUCAGUACACGAAGACACUGACUAAUGGAUUGAGCCAUGUAGUAGGUGCGAGACACUUGGUUAGGAUUCGUGUGAUCAUCGUGACCAAGACGAGAAACAAUACCGAAAAUAACAGGGAAUCUAAAUAUGAGGAGUAAAGAUUGAAAGGAAAAUGUGAUUGAAGAAAGAGACUUUAAGAUCUAUACUUGACUAGGGGUUAAGAGAAAAGUACAAAAUGAAUAUGACUGGGACCGAUUUCGCGACGUCAGUCACUAAUUACUUCGUAGGUUGUUCAAAACGCAAGAUUGAAGCGCGAGGAGCAGGCUGCGUUUCGUUCCAGUCGAUGAUGUAUUGAUCAUAUUUUCACCCUCCGCCAAAUGUUAGA